AGUUCUACUCCUACGCAUCCAUGUCGCGCAUCCGCCUACCCAGCUAUUCCGCACAACCCACCCCACCCAACCGCAUUCCACCGACUCCACCGACUCCCUCGCACGCCAGGCCGCCUCCGUUUCCAUGGCCGCAGCCAGCCGAGCUCCGAGAGCGCACGAACCGGCGCGGCGCGUCACGCUCAUCAUGCGACUCCACGUCACUACGCUCCUCCUCAUCGCCGCGCUACUCGCUGGCAGCGCCGGCGGCGUUCAGUCCACACCGUUCGCCCGAAAAUCCCAAGGCCUGCUCAACAGAUUCCACCCGUGGCGCGUGAAGACCGUGGGCAAAAUUCUUCCAGCUGGCGCUGCUGGGGCCGCAAGCGGGGCCGCCAUUGCUACAGCUAGCGGAAAAGCAGCCGUAGCGGCGAAACCACUGGCGGCGUCCGCCGCGACGCCAGCCGCGACGUGUGAGGCAUCGAGUCUCGCGGGGUUCACGAGCUCCGUGGACCUUUCAGGCAGCGGGCUCAUCCUGCACUGGAAGACGUCAACGGGGUCAACCAUCGACCUGGCGCUCGAGGCCACGUCAGCGAGCGGCGCGGCGAGCGGCUGGCUCGCAGUGGCGUGGACCAGCGGCGGCAUGUUCACCUCCGACGCCGUCAUCGGUAACCUCGCCUCGCCCGCCAGCGGCGUCAACACGUUCGCCAUUGCGAGCUACUCGGGUCCGGUUACCACGACGCGCUUUGCCAUCAGUGGUGCGAGCGUGGCGUCGGAAGGCGGGAGCACGGUCGUGAGGUUCACGCGCGCAGCGGGAGACGGGAUUGUGGCGGUGGACGUGGCGGGGAGCAACAGCCUCGCGUGGGCUCACUCGCCCACCGGCUCGCAGACAGUUGCCAACCAUGGCGGCUCCAACAGAGGAAUUACUACUGUCGAUUUCUCUUGCGACGGCACAGCUGGUUCCGGAUCAGGCUCGGGAUCAGGCUCGGGAUCAGGCUCAGGAUCAGGCUCGGAAUCAGGCUCGGGAUCAGGCACGGGAUCAGGCUCAGGUUCGGGCUCGGGCACCGGAGCAGGCACGUGCACGGACAACACGGGCGUGAGCGGCACGGCAUGCCCUGCGUCCACCCUCUGCGGCUACUCCUACCAAGCGGAGAUCAAAUCCGGCGUGCUGCUGCACUGGAAGCGUGCCUCCGCCUCGCAGCUGGACAUGGCAGUGGAGCUCAAGAGCAGCAGCGGCGCCAGCAGCGGCUGGUUUGCCCUCGGAUGGUCCACCAGUGGAAGCAUGGCUCCCUCCGAUGCAGUCGUUGGCAACACGGACGGAGGGGUCGUCAGCCCUUACCACAUCACUGGCCAUGCCAUGUCCUCGUUACAAGGCGCCUCGUUUAGCAUUGGCGGCAGUGCUGGGACCGUGGCAUCAGCAUCAGGGUCCACAGUGAUCCAGUUCUCCCGCACGGCCGGAACGGGGUCUAUUCCCGUGAAGAUGAGUGGCGCCAGUCAGCUCAUAUGGGCACACUCCGACUCCAACUCCCACACCCUUGCCUUCCACGGCGAUGCCAAGUGA